UGAAAUUUAAUAUUUUCAUCAACAAGUCUAAAAACUGUAGUUGGGGUCUCUUUUUUCGUUAAGACACUUGUGUCUUUGGUGGGCAUAGGAGUGGAACAUAUAUUUUGAAUAAUGAAUGAAAAAUUACUACCGCUUUAAACCUGUUAUGUGAAUUUGAAAUAAAAAUAAGAAAUAGGAGAAGAUUUUACUUAUAUAGACAAGCUUUUUUUUACAUUGUCUGAGUAAAUAAUUGUAUUUUAUACAAGUUUGUGUAAUAUUAUACAUUAUAAAGUUGUGUUAAACACGAAAAUAGUGAUACUGGAUUUAGGAAUAUAUGUAAAAACGAUUGUUAAACAUUCGGUGGUGUUAAGAGAACACAAGUUUUUCGCAAAUUUAGUACACAUUUAACGUUGCAUCAAGGAAAGGAUCUGUGUAAUACAUAGUUAUAUAAAAAUGGGGGAUGCACGUACAAUACAUAAAUUGAAAGCUAAAAUAUGUGAACAAGCGGAGCGUUAUGAUGACAUGGUGAAAGAGAUGAAGGAAUUGGUCAAAGGAAUAGGCAAAACUGACACCCCUUUAGACGAGGAGGAGCGGAAUUUACUCUCAGUCGCCUACAAGAAUGUUGUUGGCUCCCGGCGUUCAGCUUGGCGGCUCCUCAGCUCGAAAAGUCAAUCGGGAACCAGCGAAAAGCAAGAAGCAAUAUUGCAAAAAAUGUUACAACAAGUAGAAGAAGAAGUCAAUUCAUUAUGCGAAGAUGUCUUAAAGCUUCUUGAUGAACACCUAAUACCAAAUUUUGAAAAUAUUCAAGCAAAAAUAUUCUUUCUUAAAAUGAAAGGAGAUUAUUACCGCUACAUGAUAGAAAUAUCUGGUGAAAAACCUAAUCGCGAUGACUUGGUGAAGAAGGCAGAAAACGCCUACAAAGAUGCGUUCGAUAUUGCAGAGAAAGAAUUGCCACCAAGCAGUCCUAUACGACUUGGACUAGUUCUCAAUUAUUCCGUGUUCUUUUAUGAAAUUAAGGACUGUCCAGCCGAAGCUUGUGAACUGGCGGGUAAACAGUUUGAUGCAGCAUUGGCAAGCAUGGAUGAUAUUCAUGACACAGUCUACAAGGAUAGUACUUUAAUCAUGCAGCUACUUAGAGAUAACCUAACACUGUGGACGACCGAACGGGACAACGAAGAUGAUGAUGAUUAACCUUGACAUUUACCUUUUAUUCGUGACCCUUGACCUUAGGGCGACAUUUUACAAGCGAUAUAGACAUUUAAAUAAAUGACACUAAAUCUAUAAAAAUAUUUGGCAUCUUUAAGUCUUCAGUGGAAUCUGGUACAUGUAUAUUAUAAGACGUAAUUAUUGACAAUAAAUUUUAACAUAUUUUA